UAUACGUAACAUGUUGCAUAAUAUUACAUGCAAAGUAGUUAUAUAGUUUUUGAAUACUUACUUAUGAAUAUUAACCACAAAAAGGUGUUACUAUUUAUAAGGGAGUAAAUGAAAUGGCGUCUGUUGUGUUUAUAAUACGUGUACCAUUCAAAGAUGUUGAAAACUCUGAAGCAAAAAAAGAGGAAAAAAAUGACCAGCCAAAUGAUGCCGAUGAUCAGGCAGAUGAGACAGCAGAGAAUGUGGAAAUAUUAACUCAUAUUAACUGGGCUGAGGUUCUAGAAAAUGAACUGAGAUCAUUGAAAGUUCAAGGUGACUCCUGGACAGUCACACAUGAUAAGAAGUUCCAUCAGGUAAUGUUCUUCAUAAAGUCUGGUGAAAGAGUUGAAAAGAUUUUAGAGAGAUUAACAUUUGUUGGUGUUGGAAAACGAUUGACAACCUCAAUAAGCAUAAUUUCAACAUCUGUGCAUAUUCAACCAGAAGAAAAUAUUCCAAGCCAAAGGAUUUCAACGAAUGAAAGUACUAUGCACAGUGUUGAUGAAACUGAACCACUGCUUGAAGAACAGCUAGAUUCUUCAAAGGAAUCUCUGAAAGAUAAGUUUAAAAAGUCAAUAAAAUCAAGAUUAACAGUGAAGCAAGUUGUGGAGAGUGUAAGAUUACAGGGCAUUUUAACAUUUGAUUUUGUUAUGUUUACCAUUUUAGCAAGCAUUAUAGCAGCAGUUGGUCUAGUUGAAGACAAUGCAGUUGCUUUGGUUGCCAGCAUGCUGGUAUCACCACUUAUGGGACCAAUUCUUGGUGCAACAUUUGGAACAGUUAUCAAAAAUGAAAGCUUGAGAAACACUGGACUGAAAACAGAACUUUGUGGUUUAAUUCUUUCAGUAGUUGUUGGAUUUCUGUUUGGUUUGAUCUGUGGACCUAUUGCCAUGAGUGGUUUGUAUGCAAAGGAUAUUUGGCCUACACAGGAAAUGACCAGCAGAGGAAUGCUUCGUGGUUUGUGGGUUGGUGUUUUAAUUGCAUUACCAUCAGGUGCUGGUGUUGCAUUAUCUGUAUUGGGUGGUAACGCAGGUUCUCUGGUGGGUGUGGCAAUAUCUGCAUCGUUGCUACCACCAGCUGUAAACUCCGGAAUACUGUUUGCUUAUUCUAUCGUCACAGCCAUUAAGCCACCAGAAUUGUUGGAAAUUGCUGACUUCAAUACCACAACGUUAAAAUGUCCUCCAUUCAAGGACAACAGUUACAAUCCUAUUUACAGUUGUGAGAUGGCAUCAGAAGCGGCUGUUAUGGCGAUUAUAAGUUUAGCUUUAACUAUUCUCAACAUCAUCUGUAUCUUUAUUGCUGCCACGAUUGUUUUGAAGAUAAAAGAAGUUGCACCAAUGACCUCCAGUUCAAACGCUACACAGACAUUUUGGACUAAAGAUAUAAAGAUAGCAAGAGAGGCCUAUUCCACAAUAAAAGGCGAUCAAGCUCAAGACUUUCUCAAAGAAUGGAGAAAAGUCCAGGAUAACACGAAGGAGGGACCUCGAGAUUCUGUUCUAGAGGAUGAAGAACUGUUGGAUAUUAUUGAGGAAGUUGAAAAUGCAGAAGAAGUUCAAAACGUUGUCAGACGAGCACCAAGAGGACCACAGGACAUGCAUAAAACGUCGAGGAAUUUAAGAAGACUCGUAUCAAGAGACGAUGUUGACGAAAACAUUGCACAAAAACAAGAGAUGAAUUUACAACAUACUCUUAGAAAUUUACAGACACACUACACACAGCAAUCUAAAGAGAAAACCAGCCAGCCCCAUGUUGAAACAAUCUUCAGCAAACUUCAAGAACCUAGUCCCAAACCAAAGAAAAGCAUUCGAGAAUUUCAUGUCGUUGAAACAGAAAAUCCACAUCAUACUUCAGUAGUUCGAGUCCAACCACCCGAUGAGAGUUCAAACAAAUACUCCGUGACAACGGAAAGUGGGGUCUAGAGAAUAAAACUUGUAUUUGAAAUGUAACGUUGAUUUAUUUAAUUAAAGGUGUUUAG